UAGCGACUGAGCUGCUGUUCUUGCCUGCCCUCCCUGGCUUCUUUUCUGUAUUGCUACUAAUUUAGCCACCGGACGAGAACGCUGCGGCAGGCUUCAGGGCAUAUUCGUCUUUCAGAGUUCUACUCAUCCCAGUGAGUGAAAUUGGAACUAUUGAUAACCUCGAAACGGUUAUCUGGUUCUGGAGCCAAGGAAGAGGAUGAUGAUGGUGAUUGGAGGCUACUGCAGCGGAAGGUGCAGCCGCUCACAUCAGCACUAGUACCCAUCUUCAGUCUCCAACCUUGGUCUGCCUGUCUGCCCAGGUCCUGCCUGACACCACACUUUCCACCAACAUGGCCAACCACUUGGAGCUGCUUAAUGAGCUGCAGCAGCUGGAUAAAGUGCCAAGCCUGGAGCGGCUGAGGGCAGCUCAGAAGAGGCGCACACAGCAACUGAAGAGAUGGGCCGUGUACGAGAAAGAAAUGCAGAAUAAGAAGCGCAAGGCAGACAAGAGGAGGACCGUCAAUCAUGCUGCGGCCACGGAAUCCAAACAUCACGUGUCGUUUGCUGCUAGCGUUGCACUAUUAGAGGCCUCGGCACGCAACGACCCUGACGAAGUCCGCUACCUGCUGAAGAAUAAUGUUAGUCCAGACCUGUGCAACGAGGAUGGACUCACGGCCCUACACCAGUGCUGUAUUGAUAACUAUGAGGAGAUGGUGAAGAUCCUGUUGAAUCGCGGUGCAAGUGUAAACGCCCAGGACAAUGAAUUGUGGACCCCGCUACACGCUGCUGCCACCUGUGGACACGCAGGACUGGUCAAGGUCCUCAUACAACAUGGAGCAAACCUGUUAGCCGUGAACUCUGACGGGAACAUGCCCUAUGACCUUUGUGAAGACGAUCCCACAUUAGACAUUAUUGAGACCGCCAUGGCCAAUCGAGGCAUCACCCAGGAGAUGAUUAACGAAACUCGGGCUUCUGUGGAGAGAAGGAUGAUGGGAGAUAUCCAGGAGUUGCUGACGGAAGGAGAGGACGUCAACCACCAGGACUCACAAGGAGCUACUCUGCUACACAUCGCAGCAGCGAAUGGCUACGUCCAGGCUGCUGAGCUUCUGCUGGAGGGUGGAGCCAGAAUGGACCUGAGAGACAGUGAUGGGUGGGAACCUCUCCACGCUGCAGCCUGCUGGGGGCAGAUGCAUAUUGCAGAGCUGUUGGUUUCUCAUGGUGCCAGUCUCAAUGCCAAGACCUUCUUGGAGGAGACGCCCAUUGACCUGUGUGAGGAUGAGGAGUUCCGAGCCAUUCUGCUGGACCUGAAACACAAGCACGACAGCAUCAUGAAGUCUCAGCUCAAGCACAAAACCUCCCUGUGCAGGAGGACCUCUAGCGCAGGCAGCCGUGGUAAAGUGGUGCGGAGGGCCAGCCUGUCUGACAGACACAACCUUCGUGUGAAGGAGUACGAAACUGAGGCCAUCGUGUGGAGAGGAGGGAGGGAAGAGAAAGAGAUCGACCAGGAGAACAACCAUCCCAGCAAUACAACUGUUACUGUGGAGAUACCCAUAAAGCCAGUAGAAGAGAGGCCCAAACUCCAGAAGAUCCUUAAAGAUCACAGCGGUAUCAUCAAGCAGAACGGCACAAUCUCCACCACCAAGUCCAUACCCACUCCCAGUCAGCUGCCACCCACCAAUGGCGAGGCACCUUGCCCUGACACAAGAAGUGUGACGUGCAGUCAGCUGCCUGAGGAUUAUUUGUCCUUGCCCAGGGAGCGUGCACAGACCUUGUCAGAACUGAAAAAGCAGCGGUCGGCCGCCAAGCUGCUCAGCCACCCACUCUUUAACGGUCACCUUGGAAAUGGCUCCACUGGAACCACUGAGCCUCAGAGCCCUGUGGACUCACGCAUGCCUCUUGUCUCAUCCAAUGGCAGCACAGUUUACUACACCCCAACCAGUGGGGACCCACCCAUUCUCAAACUGAAACAGCCAAUAGAUGAUGAGGAACCAAAGGGCAGGAGCUGUUGCUGUGUCUCCUAGAAAGAGGCUUAGAAGUGACCCCCUAGUCACUGAUCUAAAGUCAGUUUUAUAUUAUUCCCUUCCAGUGGAUUACUGUUUGGAGAGGGCAAACUGGUCCUGGAUCUGUGUCUAAGGGCAAAUUCUUCUCAGAACAGAGCAUAUCAGAGCAGGAUGAUCAUCUGAAUGUGGAGCUGGAAAUGGGAAGAGAUUGCACAGAGGGAUACCGGAAGGCAGAGCCAUGGUCCAAGAAUGUAAUAGUAGUUGAGCUUGCCCUGUCAAGUGAUUGGUUCCCUUCUGCCUUGUUUCCUUUCCCCGGCACUGUUUCAGUGGACAUUAUGGAAGAUAGGAUAGCCUUACUCUGGAAGUUGGGCGCCUUUCUUAGGGUGAUAGGAACUGAGGAAAGUUGAAUUGGGGAAGAGCAACUGUGGUGGUUUGGACUGGGCAAUGAAUACUGUUGAUCUCCCUAUGGCAUUGGUGGCUGUGAUGGCUUGUUGACCAUAAGAGUACACAGGGAUACCCUUGCUCAAGAGAACAGGCCAGCCACUGUGACACAUUGUGGUUUGUGCAGGGGACAUCAACAUGGAACAAGAUUACCCUUUGCCCUUAUCAGGAGAGAACUCCAGUGCCAUACGAAGGGAUGGCCAGGCAGAAUUCUCUCCCAUGUUAAGCCUAUGUGGUGGCUUUUUCUUUACCUGAAUCACUAUCACAUUCCUCAGUUUAUCUACUGUUUCUGAAAGAUUGCAGAAAGGUCUGCUCCACCAUAUAAGAAGACGCUUGUGUAUUUAUUUCUGUAGCUGUACAAACACAAAGUAGCACAUAAGAGAGAUUAGGCAUCUUAAGUGUUCUUGUUCAAAUGCUGACUAUUUUGGAAAAACGAAAGAAGGGCUUAUACUAGAGUGGGUAGGAUAAAUGUAAGAUUAUUGACCAAAACAACCAUUUAUUGACUAACUCCCUGCCAAAGUGUGCCAAUGUUUGACAUUUACUGCUGGCAGCUUGUGAGGUAAGCUACACCAGGUUUCCCAGACUGAGGUAAGCUAAAAACACAGCCAUAUUAAUGGUGCUUGUUGUACUAAAAUCUGAUUGGGUCAAUCUCAGCGAAUGUGUCCCUGAGGCGGCGGUUCGCUUUAAGGGUAAUAUUAAUUUGCUCAGUAAUCUAAUUUAUCAUUUAAAUAUGGUUAUGCUAAUAAUUCUAACAAAACUCCAUAUCAGAAAUUUUAUUUCACCCACCCUAGUUUGUAAUAGCUACACCAACAGAACCAUAUUAUGGUCAACUAUUUGCUCUUGUGAAGAAAGAGUAUAGGAACACUGCACUGCACUAGAGACAUUUGAAAGAAGGCAGCAUUAAACUCAACUUUUCUCAUCAUCCAUCCAUAUCCAAACCGAUAUUUAUUGCGGUGGUAGAAAGUUGUUUGAUAAGGCCAUGUUUUCUUUUUUUUGCUAUCUUUAUUUGUAUGUAAUUUAAGCAAAAUAAUUGUUUUGAAAAUGUAUGUACAUUCUUUAGCUGUUUAUUUAUGAAGAAUAAUGUUAUGUACAUGUACAAAGGAAAUGGUUUGUAAUGUCCUACAGUGUAUUUAUGUCAUGAUCUGUCCAUGGAGAGCGAAUGCAAUAGGAUGGUGUGUUGGCACAGUAAAUCUUCCUUUCCUGUGAAGCUUUGUAUUCUGUUUUGAGAUCUGUUUGUGCUUUUUAGACAACUUUGUGGUCAUCACUGUCAUGGAGUUGGCAGGACUGUACAAACAUCUUUAGGAACAGACUGGAAGCACUGCACUUUCUAGAAUAUAAAUGUUCAUAUGGAGUUGACAAGAUGAAGUCUGUAGCUUGUGUAUUCCAGUUAUUCAAAUGGAAGUGAUCUAAAUUUUCUUCAAUCAGGACUAAAUGCAUACAAAUUUAAUGAAUACAACAGGACUCCCUAUUUUAAGUGAAUGAUUUCUCGGUUAUAUACAUUUUAUUUCUAUCUAUCUGAAUUCCAGAUAAAUAACCUUCAUAAAGUUGGGCCCAAGUUCAAGAACUGUUUGUGCUGUCUUGUGGCUGACAUCUGCAGUACUGAAUGAUAGCAAUACAGUUUGGAAAGAAGAAACACAAGUCUUGGCUGGCCUUUGUAAGAGGACACUCAACAUAAUAUUAGAACAACUUAUUUGACUGUCACAUUGUCAUUGCUUUUUCAAAUUGCACAAAGACAGUACAGAUCCCUCUAGGGAAAUAGUGUGUGCUUAACCAUUAAUUAAUAUGAAAUACUGUCAUGUACUGUUACUGCCAAAAUAAAGGAAACAUGUGAGUGAUGAUGGAUACUAAAGGUGUUUCCUUUAUUUUGUAUUAAGUAGGACAUCCUCCCAGGCUUAAAGUUUAUGAAUACUAAAAAGGAAUGUAACUUUUUUCAACUUCAUAGAUGAGUCCUCAUCAAAUUAUUUUGGCCAAGACAAAAUUGUAAUCCAUUAUUCCGUUUUCUUUAAACAGGCAUUAUCAUUUUGUGAACUUGAGCAAGUCAAAUAUGGAGAUGAUUUCAGGUUUCUUAAACAUGCACACACAUCUAAGGAACCAUCUAACAUCAAUUAAAACAAAUUUAAAUUUUUCAAUCAAAUUCUCCUUUUAGCCAAGCAAAGUGUCAUGGCACCAUAUUAACCAAUGUGCUGCACCCCCGUCAGUCAACUGUCACAUUGUUAUCAAUUUUCUACAGAGGCCACAGUGAUGUUGAUGGUUAAAAGUUGAAUGGGGAAAAAUUACUGUUUGGUUUAAAAAACAUUAUAUGGGCUUGGAAAUGCAAUGAAAUUGCUAAUACUUUGGAAAACAACUUGCCAUCAUCAGCAUAUCAAAUUUACUUAAAAUGUAAAUUAAUAAUGUUGUCAUUAACUAGCAGUUAAUGAAGAAUAGCUGAACAUGUUACUGGUGCUAGCUUAAAUUUGAUGGAGCCCUAGCUUUCAUAAUAUUGUGUCUAUAAUCAAGAUAGUGACAUCAAAACUUUGGCAAAAGGUUUAGCUAUUUAUUGUAUACCUAUGGGGCAUAGCCUAGAGGUCAACAGCAUUGGCCAAAUAAACAAAAGGUAGAUGUUUUUUAUUUCCGAGCUGACAAGUGAAAAACCCUGCCGUUCUGUCCCUGAUCAAGACCGUUAACCCGGUUAAGUUUUUAGCUCAUUUGCCAGGUGAAAAAGAGGUUAAAAAACUAUCCCAUAGUUGAUAAUAAUCCAUGAGUAUCCCACGUUCCAACACUGGAUGUAAACUACUAAGCAAUGCAAAGUGCGAAUGUAGUUCACAUGUUAAUGUCCUUUAAGUAAAUACAUACAGCAUUAGGUUGUAUGAGAUGACAAUGUCAUGCUCAGAUCUGUACUACCCUCUAAGAAGAAAAGGUUCCUGAAGGAUAUUUCUGGGGCUCUUUCAGUUGAAACCCCGGGGAGCCCCUAACGCAUGGUUAUUCAACUCCGGUCUGUGAAACCAGUUCCUAAUCAAGGACUUCUUUAGACCUGGAACACCAGGUGGGUGCAAUUAAUGAUGAGGUAGAACAGAAAACCAUCAGAGUUGACCACCCCUGCUCCGGGUUCUUUGAAUAAUCCUUUUCAAUGGUUCUUCAAAUAACCUUUUGGGGUGGUUAUUUGUGGAACCAUUAAAAAACGCAUUUAAAAUAACCUUUUUCAUUUUUGUACUUGAACUUACAGGUUUUAUGCAAAUUCAAUGAAGAACCCCUAAAUAAUCCUCCAUUAACCUUUUCUUUCUUGAAUGUAGUAGCAGCAGUAGUAGUAGCAGCAACCCUCAACGCUGCACUAGAAUGUAGCAGUAGUAGUAGUAGCAGCAACCCUCAACGCUGCACUAGAAUGUAGCAGUAGUAGUAGUAGCAGCAACCCUCAACGCUGCACUAGAAUGUAGCAGUAGUAGUAGUAGUAGCAGUAAUACUAGCUAUAUUUGACUAUGCCCUUCUGGGUUGUGUCCAUGUGGGUGUAAAAUAGUGUUCUUAUAAAUGUUCUUAUACUAAGGACAUAAAGAUUGAGCGCUCACACUGGACACAAUAGUUUCCACAAUAUCUACUUUAGCCACAUCCAUCCCCAAUACUCUUCCCUGUCAAGACUUCGUAUAGUGUUAGAAACGUGCAGUCAAUAAUGUAAAUAGUUAGGUAACUGAAUUGAAUAAUGACAUGUCAAUGUUGUUAUUGUGGUAACAUUGUACACCAGUCAUGAAUGUGUUGUUAUCAGAUCCUUCACAUGUACAUGUAUUUAGAAUUUCCCAGGGCUCAGUAUGUUUUUAACGUGUAUUAUCUGGCACCUAAUAUAUCAUCCAAAUCUACACUGACAUCUAUCUUUUCACAGUUCUUUCCUAUUGCUGUGGACAAUGCUUGUAUACCAGUAAGUCUGUCAGAUGUUAAUAAGAAAAGUCAAACUACUGAUUUUGUGAUUACUGGAAAUACUGAUGGGUGAGUUAAAAUAUUUUGAAUAAAUUGUAUAUUUUGCGCAUUU